AUGUCUUUUAAUUUUACGUACAACUAUCCUCAGGUGGCAAGAGAAUCCGGCUUUAAGUUGCGCAAUUAUAAAGAUGGUCCUUUAGACUGGCGUUUAAUUGGCUCAAUGGAAGUAGAGCGGAUUUUAAGAGAUCAAAGUUUGGAACAUAUAGAUGCUGUAUUGAAUCAUUUAUCCGAAGCACCUUUGGGUUCAAUCUUAGAGUCAAAUAUUUUAGAUAGUGGUAUCGCUAAAUAUUUUAUGCUUUCACAAUUUUCGGUGCAAUAUCUGUUAUUUUGUCGUAAGUUUUUGGAAGAAACUGUAACAGAUUUGAGAGAGUCCCAUGGUGUUUCCCAAAUGGAUCUUGUUACUCUGAAAAGAUCUUUGACCGAGGCCAACAAUGAAAUAUUGCAGUUACACAAGAAAAUAACGCAAAUCGAAGCAAUUCAUGAAGUUAUAUAUCCGUGUCAUUUGUGUACUAAGAAUUUCGUUAGCAACGAUGCACUUAAUCUGCACAUUUCCCGAAAACACAGCGGAAUUUUUGGUAAACCAGAAAAGAAAUCCGACACAGCACAGUCUUUAUUGAAAGACCGAGAAAAUGAUUUGACUUUAAUAAAUACCAUUAAACUUGAGUUGGAGAUCAAACAGCUCAAAGAGAGAUUGAAUAACGCGGAACGAGAAAUCAAAGAAAGAAGUACAGAAUCAAUCAUUAAAGAAAUAUCUCGAAAUGAGACAGUAGCAUUAGAAAAACAUGAUCAAAUUUCAGUCCAUAGCAUUGGUAUUCAAAGCAAUUUAUCCGAAAUAAAAGAGAAAGAUGAAAAUAGCGAAGACGAUCUUAGUUCUUCCUCACAAAGUCGACAGCAGCUGUGUAUGUUACAAGAGAAAUUGCAAGAGUUUGAAAAGUGGAAAGAAGAACAAAAAAGUCAAAACUCUGAAUUUUUAAGUGAAGUUAAUAUCAAAUUGCAAGAUCUCAGUACUGCAUUAGAACUGACAAGAAAUCAAAUGGAGCAUGAAGUGGACAAUGAAAAACAAAAACCAACAACGUCUAUUAAGGAUUUAGAAAUCUUACUAAAUAAGAAAGUAGAAGAUAUUGGUAAAGCAAGUGCAACUAAAUUAGAGGAAGUCGUUAAUAAAAUGGAAAUGAACUACAAAGAAAAACUAGAGCAAUUAGAAAGGGAAUUGACCAAAUUAAAUGAACAAGCUCUAUUACAAAAGAAUUUUAAUUCCAACGACAAUCUAAUGAAAAAGGAUACAACGAAAAAAUCCAAUAAAGAAACUUUUAAAAUUGUUGAAAUUAGUGAUCAGACACCCGAUAGCAAAAUCGAUUACAAUCACGAAGUAGAGAAAAUGUCUAUACGCCCGAAAGAAAAACAUCAGUUUAAGGAAACCUCAUUAUCUGAAAGCAAUCACACUUUUGUUAAGCACAGCCCAGAAACAUACCCACAAAAGAAUUCUGACUAUAACAACAAAUCAAUGUCCAGUGGUUUAUCUGAAGAUGAAAGCACAGAUGUUCCGGACAGUCUUUUGGACGAAGAAAAUGAAGAAGAAAUAAAUAACCACACAAAAAAAAAUGUUCCACACAAGAAACAAAUCCCAAAGAAAAAGAGCCCGAAUGUCAAACAACUUUCAGUUAAACCAAAAAUUGUGACAAAGAAGGAUGCAAUAAAACUUUCAAAUCGUCGACUCUUGACAUUGGGUUUGGAUAUGAGAACCAAAUCUUUACCUUCCACUGUGAAGAAAAGAAUUUCGGUCGAUCUUAACGAAAAGCGAAACAAAUUGAAACAGAAGCAUCCACACUUUUAUGCAACCAGAAAUAAAAUUAAAAAAUUUGUAGACAAAUUGUGUUCAACAAAAAUGCCGGAAAAUGCCGAAGCUCUGCUAAAAGUAACCAAACCUGCCACAAGAAACAAGAUUCAAGAACAGCAACAUUACUCUGAUGAAUAUUCUGUAUCAGAUGAGGAUGACGUGUCAUUGGAAGCCUCUACACCUUUAAACAACGCAACUACUGAGACGAGAAAUUUCAAACAGAGAUUGGAGCGGAUCUUAGCAUCACCCAUGAGGAAACCCGAUGAACAUCUUACUAAAGCAAUAGUACAUCAACAGAAUUUAACACAAAAACCAGUGCCUAUGCCACGUAAACGAGUUAUGUUCAAUCAUCCCGAAAGGCAGGAGAGACGUUUAGAUCAUUAUUUAAGUCCAACUGAGAGUGACGAUCCACAAUAA